AUGGAUUCAGCACGCCGAGAGGCUUUGAAGCACACACGUACCAUCUUCCUCUCCGAUGGCCAGCCUCACUACGAGAACCUCAGCUCCCUAGCCCAAUUGUGGUGGGUUUCAGUGAAGCUUUCCGUUGAAGACCGCCUCCUUGCCGAUGAAGAGUUGAUGGAUGUUGUGGCUGACCGUUGCCGCUCUGGGGACUGCACAGUCACCAACUAUGAUGCCUUGCACCACCAGGAGGAGCUUUAUAUCUCGUUCCCGGUUAUGAACUGUGACCAGGACCUUGCCCAGCGGGGCUGGAUUAUUAUGGUUAUAGGACUUGCUGAGCACUACCAGAUGGAGAUUGCUGCCGGACGCCUUGCAGUUGAUCGGGACUAUGUUUUCGGGCCUAGGGCCUAG